GACUAUCUUCAAUGACUCAUCCGUGUCCUUUCUCAGUUUCGUCGGUUUCGGUUUCAAAUAGCGAUUGGAUUUUUAGCGGACGAGAGAACACAAAAGACCUGGUUUUAGAUGAAUCUGGUUCGAAAAUACAAAAAUCUCAAAAAACACUUUCUUCCUACCCACCGUGCCAGUCCCCACUCUGCUCCCCCUUUGAAUUCGCACUCCUACUAGUGAUUCCGCAUUUUAUAUUCCUUCACUCAUUGUUCUUCUGCAUCGAAUGUUGUAGUCUACAUAAUAGAAGAUAAGCUUUCAUAGUAUUUUUUGAAGUCAGAAAAAUUUUUAUCGUCCAAGUAUGUAAUACAGCAAGAAGAGCAUCAAGAAUGCCCGUUCGUUCCAAGAAUCCAGCGGCGCAAGCCACUGGUGAAAGAACCAGUAAGAGACAGUCAACAAACCGUGCCAAACUGUUUCAACAGUCCGGUCGCCCUCUCAAUUUCCUAGACAGUCUAAGCCAUCCGGAUGAGCGUCCCGCUUGGCAAGUGGAGCAGCUCUGUAAGCUGUUUGCUGCGGACUACUUGCCAGAACUCGUGGGAGAGAGUGCCGGUGGGUCUUCAUCCACAUCAUCUUCGAGUGGUGGUAGUAAUACGACGCCAUCUAGAACAAGUAGAUCUAGUACGGCUAGAGCUGGUGGUACUUCUUCGACAUCUUGUUCUUCGACCUCAAUCGUAGAAACAGAAGCACAGCGACACGCAAAGCGAGAAGAGUUUAUCGAGAUGACUUUGACACAAGUCAGGAAUGCCUUGGUUGAUGUGUGGUGUGAGGAGGCAGGGUUUCAACUUGACGGUGACGGUCAUGAUCAAGCCGAAAUGGCUGUGAAGGAGAAGAAAGACCUGAGCAAGAAAAAACAGCAGAAGUCAAAAGAGGAUAAAAACAUCGACUGGGUUCGAAGUAAGCAGAGUGCAAAGGCGAGUCUACGAGCUGACUCGUUCUUCUUGCUUUGGCGCAUUCUGCUUGUUGACCUGCAAUACACCUGGCCCUUGUUAGAGCGCGUUUUUGAGGCGAGCACUUUUGGCGACAUCACGCAACAACUGCUGUUAUCAUCGAAUAACACUACUCUGGUCAGUAGCACCAGGUCUAAUACAACGGGAAGAGUAGCGAUUGGAACAACGUCCACUCGUGCUCGUAGCCCUUCAAGAUCAAGAACUUGUAUGAAAAUCGUCAAAACUUCUAACGCUGACAAGAGGGAACCUCCCAAGACGAACAGCAAAAAUGCGAGGUCUCAGCAAGGAGAACAACUACAAGAUCUUCAGAGUCGAGCGUUGCAAAAAACCUUUCCACCAAAAGAAGUCGUGGACACCUACAAUGUCCUCACCUACAUCUUCGGCACUCCAGAUGAGCUUCUCUUCUCAGUGCAGGAGUUCUACUUCUCUACACGUAAGGAACAAGAACGCAAAGGCUAUGUGGGCGCAUUGCCUUGCGAGUGGCCUUGGGCUAAAAACGUUAGAGAGUGGCUUUCUUUGCCGGAAGAAUUUGGCCUGACAGGUUCUCUGGAACCAACUUGUAAUUCCUUUCGAAGCGGAUAUUCACGCAUUUUGAAGAAAUUUCUAGCAGAACUGGAACUGGUCGAGGUAGCAGAUAGCUCGAAGAUGAAGAAAACUAUUUCUACAACGACUGGCAUUUUCAAGUCCUCGACCACCACGCUUUCCACGACUACUCGAGCAGAAGAAGAUGUUAACGAUGACGGUCUUGACCUUGAUCUAGAAACUUCCUCAGAAGAUAAUGAAGAUGCGCAAGAACCGACUAAAAGACAUCGUUUUCCUCAACACGACAGUGUUAAUCUCCUGGAAGAAGACCCCUCUUUUUGCCUAGAGAAUAAGAAACGUCAACAACGUCUUGCGAAGUUGAUGCGCUCAGACCACGUCGGUCAGAAACGAUUGCAGUGGCUUCGCAGUCUGACCUUGCAGAUUGUAUUGCGCUUGUCGGCAAAGUCUUUAUCAACUUCUGGUGAACAUCAACACCACGAAGAACAACAAGAAAUAGAACACUUCGAACUUGCUACCGUCAUUGCUACCGGUUUGCUGCGCCCAGACGGCUUUCGAUUACGUUCUGGGCCCUACAGACUUCUUCUCUGCCCUCGAUAUCUCCGAGUCUGGCAUCUCGAACGGAUAAGCGAUUUAGUGCUGCAGAACUAUCCUGGAUCUAGCACAAGAAGGACAAAAAAUCUAGAAGUGGAUACAACAGCAACUACAGGUACAACUGCUGCAACCAUAACGAUAACAAGCACAACGAAAAACUUUGAUCAGGAUCCACGUUUCGUCACCCCAGGUCCCAAGUCCAAGCGCAGACGAUUGGAUUUGGCAGAACAAACGAGAACAACUUGCGACAAGACACCGCAUGACUCAGUUGCUUGUGCUACCUCAACAUCUGCUUCAAAAUUAGCUGGAAACCGAAGCGCGGUUGAAGCUGACACCACCACUCUGGAUCAUGAGGAAAUCGUUCUAUCCACCUCAGACACAACAUCAACAGCAGCCGAAGAGCAUGCAUGUGCCCUCUGCAGAAAGUUGCUGGAGGAGAUAUUUUCUGCCACUGCUUGUGCUGACGAUCGGGUCUACGAGGAUCUUACACCGGCGGAGGUUAGAUACUUAGAAGAUGAAAAAGAAGACCUACGUAAAGAUCACGACCAAAACCAGACUGCAGUGAUGGGUCUUCUCCGAGACAGCUUCCACACGGACAGGAAAUCGCAGACAGGGAAUACUUUUCGUCGCACGUUGGUGCUCAACUUGCUGAAGAAAUGUUGCACCACGACAGGAGCAGCCACACAAACUACAAUACCUAGCACUACUACAAGAACUAGUGCGGAAGAAGUAAAAAACGCAAUCUUGUUGAGCAGUUUGGUUUGUGUGCUGUUGGAGAAGUCAACGAUUCUGACUGCUGUAGAAGAUGAUCAGGAAGUAGUGAAGCAAAACAGCGGCGCAAGAAAAGCAUCACGAAGUAGAAGCAGAACGACAGGACGCGGUCCUGCAGGGGCUACAAGUACAACAUCCGCAGGGAGGUCUGCAUCAACCAGGGUGAAAAAUACAUCUUCCAAGAAGCAAGGUACUAAGGCGGUCAACAUGAGCAAGAACAUGGACCUUUUGGACUUGCUGAAUUGUCUACGGGAUCCAAGUGGGCACAUACAACAGUUCGAAACAGAAUCUAAGAAUGAUGAUAGUAGAAUGCAACCAGAAGCAGCAGAGCCGUCAGCUACAAAACCCGCAAUGAACAAAAGCAUCGUCAUAAACGACAGUCGAACAUUGCGCUUCGCGACAACGAUUCAUCUGUUUUUGGAGAAGGUGUUUGAAUGUUCAACAAGAACCCAAGGAGGCGGUGGGUUCUUGCUGUUCGGGUGCAGCCAACCCCCACCAGAGCAGGCAAAUGAGGAAGACACAACCAAGACUCGCCUCCUACAGUGGUGCUAUCGGGGAACUGAACACAUGCUCGUGUCUGCGCUUCAUUCUCCCAAUCCAAGCCUGAGGCGUCAAGCAUUUGACGCUCUACGGUGGUACGACAUGGACCGUCUCAAGUCGAUUAGAAACGAUCAACUGCAGUCGACCCUGUUGCAUGGUCUGCGAGACGCGAAGUCAGCGUUUGUACGAGAAGCGGCCUUGCGUGCUAUUGGGGUUUUUCGUAUUUUGGAGGUAGAUCAAAGCAAAGAAGAAGGUCUAGGUCUGCUUUCUCAAGUCCGUUAUCGUUUGCGUGAUGCAAGUUUGAGUGUGCGGCUGCAGGCAGCACGUCUGUUGGCAGAUUACUACUUCUCUUCUACGACUUCGAGUACUAGUUCUACGACCACCGGCGCCACAUCAAGAUCAACAAGUAAUCCUGAAAGAUUCGCCUUCCUGUGCGAGCUCGCCAGACGUAUCCCAGAAAGCGAUAGUUUCAUGGACAUCUUUGCUGAACGCUGUUUUCCCGAGAUAGCAAGCUUGAUUACGAUUUCGUCAUCCACUAGUAUCAGCAGGACAACAAGGGCAGUUGCAAAGUCUCUGCUUUUACUGGAGGACAGCAAGGAAGGCAUGUCCACAACUUCUGGUACGACAGAGGAGAAGAACAAGAGGCUGGAAGAAGAAAACAAAGAUGAAGAUCAAGAUAAUGUAGCUGAAUAUGGAGACAAGCUUUUGAUGUUUUUGUUCUUACUCGCAGAACUCGACACUGGCGCAACCAGCGAGAACAUCUGCUUCAGCGUGGGUUCCUUUCUCCAUGGAUUCGCUGCCUCAUCUAUGAAGUUGCAAAAGCAUCAGCAUGAUCUUCCCAAGUUUAAUGAUGCUCACUCCGACUCCAGCUUAUCCGCGAUAAGGAGGACCUUUUUCAACGCCAUUUUGAACAAAGGUGCUGAUCCUCUUCGACGUUGCGGCACAUCAACAUCAUUACCUUUGUCUGAGGCGACGCGAGCUUUCAUUGGCCUGUCAGUUGUUCUGCGCACAAUGCGCUUGUUGCCAACAAGUAAUAUUCGAAACUGCACUUCACAUAGUGAAGACAACACCGACACCAUCAUCUCGGCAUUACUUAAUCUGUGCAGUGGUGCUGCCAUCGCGGAAGAAAAGAAGAGCGUAAACGAAGAGGCGGGUGACGAAGGAGAUAAAAGUGCUAUGGACGUAGAUGAUCAAGAUGAGGUUGAGGAUGGAAGUGAAAAUAGUGACGACGAUGAUGACGAGGAGGAGGAGGAAGAUGAGGAAGACACCAGCGGGGAGCCUAGAGACGCGGAUGACGAUGCGAAUGCCGCGACAGAAAAAACAAAGGACAAAAAUCUGGACAGGAAUGAAAAAAAGCCUUUGCAUUUUCGAUUGAUACUAUCGUCGACCUCGUCACCUGUGGAGGUGGACAACACACGAGUUCAUCCUCUUUUCGACUACCUGUGUCAAGGUUUUUCUGCUUCCCCGACAUCUUCAGCGAGAACUGAAUCUUCAGACAUGUUGGUUGCCACGCAAACGUCAUCGGUAGCCGACCGAUUCGGAAUUGCAACUCUCGAAUUGCUUAGUGAAGCUGUCAGUUGUUGUCUCCAUGAUGAUGUCCUCGAGCAUUCUGCGCAACACCGACAAUCAGGCGUCGAUUCCAAGGCAACUGCACUCGAAGCAAGACUUCUUGCUACCGUUUUGCCGUGUGCAAAAUACGUCACCGAACAUGCGCUCCAUUGCCGCGUUUCGGCUGCCGCAGCAGAUCUGCAAAGUCGCAUAGCUCACUUCUUCUUGCUGAAGAACGCAGUCACAAGCAGCGAGAACUGCAGGAAAAAAAUCCACGUUGACCUAUCAUCUGAAGAAAACCAGCGUGCGUGUCAGAUGCCCGCUUUUUCUGCGCUGUCUGAGGUACUUCAGCACUACAUUACUUGUAGCAGUCAAGAAGAUCAGACGUCGUCUCAGGCACCCGAUCUCCCCAACGACGUUGUCGCAGAACAUGUCAGCAGAGUACUCGGACACCAAGGGGCUUCAGCUGCCAAACUAGCUGGCAUGUUGAUUUCGAGUUCAAGUUCAUCAUCUGCUGAAGAUGUGAAAGAGUUGAAAACUCCUUUGCGUAAUGAGAAGAAAUCAAACAAGGCGACAAUCAAAGAGACACCGAACAAGAAAGGCGGCAAGGCUAAGGUGAAAGGAAUCAAGGGAGCAAAUGCAAAAGAUAAACAAGUAGUCAAGCUCUCCUCGUCUAAGAAAACUCCAGCUGCCCCUGUCAAACAAGAAAGGUCUCCAGAACAAGCCGACGAGUCAGCACUUAUCAUACUCUCACCUAACAUCCUCCCUCAAUCCGGAGCUUUUUCAACCCCGAGUACUAGUACUGACAUCGUCGCAUCACAACCCCUUCUAGAAGUAGAACGUAGCUCUACCAGAACGACAAGGAGUAGCAAGUCCGUUACUGUUCGCCGGACUAGGACGUUGGUUGCUUUUGUCUCUACGCCAGUGGAAGACUUCGUUCAGACGUGUCAUCGUCAGCUGAGAACAUGGCAAACUUUGGUGGAUGAACUGAAGAACGCGAAAGGAUCGGAGGACACGGUAAAAGUUUCUACUUCUUCUCGUUCUAGCAGUACAACCACACGACCGCAUCUAAGGGGAACGAGAGGAGAUUUCUUUCGUCGUGUGCUUAAUGCGUUGGUGAAAACAGAACGAACCACGGUUGAAAAUGACAGAGAUCUUUCUGCUAGGAUAGCAAAACAGGAAAAGCUGUAUCAUGAAGAAAAGCUGUAUCAUGAGGAGAAAGAUGAAAGUGGACCGAAAGUCGAUGACAAGUGGAUAGACAAGUGGAAAGACGAUGACAAGCAUGAAGAUGAAAACAAGAAGAAGACGUCUACUACUUCGUCAAGGGUCGUGGCUCCGAGGAUUCGACCAAACUCUAGUUGUACCGCACUAGAAGACAACGACUUGACAAUCGUACGCCAUGCAGCCUGUCUAGCUCGCUCUCUCUGCUUUCUCUCUGCUGUCAUCGGCUCAGAUGCGGGAUCGACGGUUCUAGGUGUAACAUUUGGUCAUAGCUAUGCAAAGAUGCUAGUGAAUUUAGCUAAUGGAGCAGUCGAGAUAUCUCCCCUGGUUCUCAGCCAUUUAGGAGCUAUUUUACAGCGUCCGGGAUUCUUGCACAAUGCAGUGGGCGGUGGUGAUGAGGGAGGUGGAGACCAUCGUACUGAAAGUAGAGAUCCCCACACUGCGAAAAAACAGCAAAAUCCUACUACAGGGAAGACAGCAAAAAUGAAAAAGCAGAAGUUCGUCUUAGACAAACCUCCUGAUGGAAAAGCAGCGUCGAUGAAGAACGAAGUUAAGCUGGCUGUUGUCAAGAAGAACAAAACUAGUGCAGCGGCUACCUGCAACGAUCCAGAGUUGAAGAGGAGAAUCUUGGUCUUUCUGGAAAACAUUAUGUCAAAGUCUACUACCGAGUCCGAUGUAGUAGAACGCAUGCACGAGGAAGUAGUAGACCGCUUUUUCCUCCUCGUCUUACGGGGACAUGCACGCAGCAAAUGCCAGAACGACGAACAAGUAUUAAACUACCAGUCUCCUCUCGGUCGUGAAGAUGGGCGUGUGAUCAAUUACCAUUUCCUAGGACAACUGUGUGAGAUCUACUCAUCUACAACGAACUGUGCCAGUUGUGAUUCUUCAGUGGAAACGAGGCAAAUAAGCAGGACUCUUCAGUGGAAACGCUACGCACAGUUUCAAAUCUUUGAGCUCUUUCACAAUGCCUUUGGCGUUUUGAAUCCUGCUGUGGUCUUGGAGCGAACACUUCUCUUCUUCUGCAGUGAAAAACUUGAACUUCUUAGUUUUAGUAGCCACGAGGAUAGACAACAGCAACAAGAACAACAAGAUAGAGACUUCGACUACUAUCAACGCAGCCAUCAAUCGGUCCACAUUGGAAAUUUUUUGAGAAACAUUUUACUGCAGAAAAAUAUACUCCAUCACUUGCGACGAGUACUUCCACAACUACCUUCUAGCAGCUGUUGUACAACUAGGACGGCGGCAAGAAGAAGAACAAGUUGUAUUGAUUUACAAGCAGUUGUGCAUUCGUUGUUGCUAACCCACGAUGGAGACGCAGACGUCGCACAACGACGAACUAAAGCGGAAGGGAUUGUGCGAGAACUACUUAUGACGGAGCUACUUGAGCAGAAUCAUGGUGCUAGGUACGUGCAGUUUCUUCUUGCAGCUGUGGAGGGACUUGUUUUGAAGACGAAGAAAGUUCCUGGAAGUAAACAGAAGGAACAGCAAGGAGUUGACCUUGUUUUUUCGAAAUUGUCAAGCUUUGCAGACCGCUUUUUCGAGGUUGCAGUCGAUAGGCUGCAACAGCCUCACACGCCACGCACCGGGCCUCGUGCUGGUUGCAAGACCUUGUUUUCCCGAUGCCUUGCAGCAGAUAUAUUUAUGAAUAUUAAACCAGAAGAUUUAUUUGAUUAAACCAGGAACUGAAAUUGUGUAAGUACUUCGAAUUUGAAGAGAUUUUUUUCUACCUGGAAUGAAAAUAGGUUGUUCGACAGAUUCUCCUCAGUUGUUAGCACGGUUACCAAGUUAUAACUAUUAGCCAUCGUCCUUCUAAUCCCUGGGCGUUUGGACUUCUCCAGACUGGAGAAUGGACGAGUCGUUCUUUCGCAACCUUGCUGGAGAGCGCCACUGACGAGCAACUGCAAGACUUUGCGUCUGAUUGGUUAGAACGGCGCGAGACGCAAUUUAAGCGAGAGAAUCAUCAGAGCGCGGGAACUGGUCGGGGGAAAAGGGAGGAGAAUGAGGAGGAUCUCAUAUCAGAUGAUGGGGAUGAAUCUGACUACGAAGAGGAUGGAGUGGGAGAAAAUAUGGAUUUUUUUUGAAUGUAAUUUUCUUUGAGACUGGUGCAUCUGAUAUACUAGUCUCAGCGCAUUGCUAUUUUUGUCAUGCAAACCACACAUUGUCAUCGAUCAAUUGGGGUCUUAACCUAUUUCCAGCAGAUGGUAUCUGCAGAUAUCUUGUUUCUCACAGUAACUUUAAUUUUUGUCCUUUGAUCUUGAUGGAAGUCUUCAGUCUUGUAAAGUGAGUUUUUUGGAUUGUUUUCUGCAGAGCUUCCUUUCGGUCGUUUGGUUAGAACUUCUUCGUGAAAGUCUCGAAUCGGUGCUCGUUUUUUACACAAGACACCCAUGCGUCAGAUAGUUUUUGCUUUGUUGAACAUAAAUUUUGGAACAUGAAAACGAACGAUAGGGAUAGGGAAAUCAUUCAUGAUGGUCAUGCAAAUAUGAAUAUGUUUAAUUUUUUUAUGUUGGGAUAUUCAAAAUGAAAUGUGCAAGCUGCAAUGAUGAGGAGAACUUUUUUUCGAAACGCACGACUUGGCUCUACAACAAUUACCAAUUACCAAAAAGAGAAAGGGUGACGAUCAUCACCUUAUGGAAAUUUUUGCUUCUUAUUUGGGACGAAAACAUGUGAAUCUUUCAUGAGGAAACG